CAAGUUGUUCCAGAAGAUGCUCCGUCCAUUCUUGGCAUCUCCAUCUAGGAAUUUCCUCUCCUGUCUCAGCUCAAAGAACUUCAGUUGUCAGACCUACCAAAUUGUCAUUGAUGCUCUAAGCAACCAAUCAGCCUCCAUGGACAGAGAGCAACAGCAAUUGAUCUUCACUCAUUACAUCUAUCCAUUCCUUUCAAGAAAUGACUCAUCAGAUCCCGGCUGUGUCUCAAACACCAGUGGAAGCAUGGACUGGCUCCAGAGGAACUUUGGCAUCUUUUCUGUUAAUGCAGAACUGCAGGAGUUACAACUCCUCAAUCCUGACUUCUCCAGCAAGGAAUCACUGUCGCUGCUUACCCCAACCCAAUUGGCACAGUUGACAUUGACCUCUGGGCCAUUGAAUGACACAGAUGACAUUAAACUUGUGUUUAAGCGGCUGGAGGAAGGAGACGCUUUCAAAAAUGUUGACGAGUUUCUGACGCAACUGACCGCAAUGGAAGAGAUUCCUGACAUCCAUCCAGCCGUGAGAGAUGUGAUGAUGAAUCAGACAUUCAACAUCAUCAGCCUUCAAUUCCCAGAGUUCGAAACGAUGGACUGGAUUGCAUGGUUUGAAGUAAAGCUGAUUCCCCUCCUCCCCAGUUUUAAUGAAGUCAUGCUCACCAUUGCUACCUCAAACGUCAACUGCACCAACUACCAAGUCAUUGUAAAUGGAAUGGACAGCGCUUUCCCUGAAAUGAGUCAGGAUAGAAGAGAAGGAAUCGCAACAGUCCUGCUGAAAUACCUGAGGAAAUCUGUACACCUCAUCAACGAACCAGCUUGCAGGCAGGACAUCCACGAUGACAAUGACUGGCUUGCAAUCAACCUGGGUUCAUACUCCGAGUACACAACCUAUUCGGAUCUCAAAGACUUCAACAUCUCAGGGGUGGCAGUUCUAGACUCCCUCUCACCAAACCAGAAAGCUGAAUUGAUACUGGACCCAAGCACUGGCGCUCUGGAGAAUGAGACUCUUGUGAAGAACAUUUUCAUCAGCUUGCUGGAAUCUCCAAGGGAAGAGCAGCUCAAUGAGUUCUUUGUGACUUUUGUUGAAGUCACCAAGCAGGAAAACAUCACUAUCAUCACAAACACGGCCGUAAGAGACACAAUGCUAAACCUGACCUUGAUGGCUCUUGCUCCCAAAUUUGACGUUUUUGAGCCAAAAGACUUCCAGCUGUGGUUCCAAGUCAAUCUGGUUGUUCUGCUGGCCAGCUUCCAUCCUGGCAGAUUGGUUGAUAUCCCCCUAAACAUCACCUGUGAAUCCUACAAUGCCAUAUUUACGGGUCUCGACCAAAGUUUGGAAUCUCUUCCGCCUCACCUCUCACAGGGUGUACAGUCAAGCUUGGAUGCACUGAUGAAGACAUUCCAACGUUGCUCAAGGCCUCCAGCUUUAAUUGUGUGCAAAGAAACAUUGGUCAAUGAGAAACAACUUUGUGCUGGAUUUAACAGCACACAACUGAAGCAACAAAUGUCGAUUGGCAAUUCCUCUGAGUUCCUUUGCAAUUUCAACAUCUCUGAAUAUGCCUGUUCCUCAACAACCCUUCUGUCAGCGGACAACUUGGUGACGAUCCUGAAAUGCCAAUUGUCGAGCAAAAAGACUUACUCAACAGAAAUGUGGAAGCUGUUCUUCCAAAACAAUGCUGCUGUUCUGGACCAGGCUCUUCUGGAUUACUCCAGCAUGAACCCCAACAUCAGCAGUCCAGCUAUGCCACAUGUCCUUGAUGCCAUUGGAGAUGUCAAAAUCAACAACUUCAUUAAUGCACAGCUGAACGACGCCAGUUUCGUGGCCAAGUUGUUCCAGAAGAUGCUCCGUCCAUUCUUGGCAUCUACAUCUAGGAAUUUCCUCUCCUGUCUCAGCUCAAAGAACUUCAGUUGUCAGACCUACCAAAUUGUCAUUGAUGCUCUAAGCAACCAAUCAGCCUCCAUGGACAGAGAGCAACAACAAUUGAUCUUCACUCAUUACAUCUAUCCAUUCCUUUCAAGAAAUGACUCAUCAGAUCCCGGCUGUGUCUCAAACACCAGUGGAAGCAUGGACUGGCUCCAGAGGAACUUUGGCAUCUUUUCUGUUUUUGCAGAACUGCAGGAGUUACAACUCCUCAAUCCUGACUUCUCCAGCAAGGAAUCACUGUCGCUGCUUACCCCAACCCAAUUGGCACAGUUGACAUUGACCUCUGGGCCAUUGAAUGACACAGAUGACAUUAAACUUGUGUUUAAGCGGCUGGAGGAAGGAGACGCUUUCAAAAAUGUUGACGAGUUUCUGACGCAACUGACCGCAAAGGAAGAGAUUCCCGACAUCCAUCCAGCCGUGAGAGAUGUGAUGAUGAAUCAGACAUUCAACAUCAUCAGCCUUCAAUUCCCAGAGUUCGAAACGAUGGACUGGAUUGCAUGGUUUGAAGUAAAGCUGAUUCCCAUCCUCCCCAGUUUUAAUGAAGUCAUGCUCACCAUUGCUACCUCAAACGUCAACUGCACCAACUACCAAGUCAUUGUAAAUGGAAUGGACAGCGCUUUCCCUGAAAUGACUCAGGAUAGAAGAGAAGGAAUCGCAAGAGUCCUGCUGAAAUACCUGAGGAAAUCUGUACACCUCAUCAACGAACCAGCUUGCAGGCAGGACAUCCACGAUGACAAUGACUGGCUUGCAAUCAACCUGGGUUCAUACUCCAAGUACACAACCUAUUCGGAUCUCAAAGACUUCAACAUCUCAGGGGUGGCAGUUCUAGACUCCCUCUCACCAAACCAGAAAGCUGAAUUGAUACUGGACCCAAGCACUGGCGCUCUGGAGAAUGAGACUCUUGUGAAGAACAUUUUCAUCAGCUUGCUGGAAUCUCCAAGGGAAGAGCAGCUCAAUGAGUUCUUUGUGACUUUUGUUGAAGUCACCAAGCAGGAAAACAUCACUAUCAUCACAAACACGGCCGUAAGAGACACAAUGCUAAACCUGACCUUGAUGGCUCUUGCUCCCAAAUUUGACGUUUUUGAGCCAAAAGACUUCCAGCUGUGGUUCCAAGUCAAUCUGGUUGUUCUGCUGGCCAGCUUCCAUCCUGGCAGAUUGGUUGAUAUCCCCCUAAACAUCACCUGUGAAUCCUACAAUGCCAUAUUUACGGGUCUCGACCAAAGUUUGGAAUCUCUUCCGCCUCACCUCUCACAGGGUGUACAGUCAAGCUUGGAUGCACUGAUGAAGACAUUCCAACGUUGCUCAAGGCCUCCAGCUUUAAUUGUGUGCAAAGAAACAUUGGUCAAUGAGAAACAACUUUGUGCUGGAUUUAACAGCACACAACUGAAGCAACAAAUGUCGAUUGGCAAUUCCUCUGAAUCCCUUUGCAAUUUCAACAUCUCUGAAUAUGCCUGUUCCUCAACAACCCUUCUGUCAGCGGACAACUUGGUGACGAUCCUGAACUGCCAAUUGUCAAGCAAAAAUACUUACUCAACAGAAAUGUGGAAGCUGUUCUUCCAAAACAAUGCUGCUGUUCUGGACCAGGCGCUUCUGGAUUACUCCAGCAUGAACCCCAACAUCAGCAGUCCAGCUAUGCCACAUGUCCUUGAUGCCAUUGGAGAUGUCAAAAUCAACAACUUCAUUAAUGCACAGCUGAACGACGCCAGUUUCGUGGCCAAGUUGUUCCAGAAGAUGCUCCGUCCAUUCUUGGCAUCUCCAUCUAGGAAUUUCCUCUCCUGUCUCAGCUCAAAGAACUUCAGUUGUCAGACCUACCAAAUUGUCAUUGAUGCUCUAAGCAACCAAUCAGCCUCCAUGGACAGAGAGCAACAGCAAUUGAUCUUCACUCAUUACAUCUAUCCAUUCCUUUCAAGAAAUGACUCAUCAGAUCCCGGCUGUGUCUCAAACACCAGUGGAAGCAUGGACUGGCUCCAGAGGAACUUUGGCAUCUUUUCUGUUAAUGCAGAACUGCAGGAGUUACAACUCCUCAAUCCUGACUUCUCCAGCAAGGAAUCACUGUCGCUGCUUACCCCAACCCAAUUGGCACAGUUGACAUUGACCUCUGGGCCAUUGAAUGACACAGAUGACAUUAAACUUGUGUUUAAGCGGCUGGAGGAAGGAGACGCUUUCAAAAAUGUUGACGAGUUUCUGACGCAACUGACCGCAAUGGAAGAGAUUCCCGACAUCCAUCCAGCCGUGAGAGAUGUGAUGAUGAAUCAGACAUUCAACAUCAUCAGCCUUCAAUUCCCAGAGUUCGAAACGAUGGACUGGAUUGCAUGGUUUGAAGUAAAGCUGAUUCCCAUCCUCCCCAGUUUUAAUGAAGUCAUGCUCACCAUUGCUACCUCAAACGUCAACUGCACCAACUACCAAGUCAUUGUAAAUGGAAUGGACAGCGCUUUCCCUGAAAUGACUCAGGAUAGAAGAGAAGGAAUCGCAAGAGUCCUGCUGAAAUACCUGAGGAAAUCUGUACACCUCAUCAACGAACCAGCUUGCAGGCAGGACAUCCACGAUGACAAUGACUGGCUUGCAAUCAACCUGGGUUCAUACUCCAAGUACACAACCUAUUCGGAUCUCAAAGACUUCAACAUCUCAGGGGUGGCAGUUCUAGACUCCCUCUCACCAAACCAGAAAGCUGAAUUGAUACUGGACCCAAGCACUGGCGCUCUGGAGAAUGAGACUCUUGUGAAGAACAUUUUCAUCAGCUUGCUGGAAUCUCCAAGGGAAGAGCAGCUCAAUGAGUUCUUUGUGACUUUUGUUGAAGUCACCAAGCAGGAAAACAUCACUAUCAUCACAAACACGGCCGUAAGAGACACAAUGCUAAACCUGACCUUGAUGGCUCUUGCUCCCAAAUUUGACGUUUUUGAGCCAAAAGACUUCCAGCUGUGGUUCCAAGUCAAUCUGGUUGUUCUGCUGGCCAGCUUCCAUCCUGGCAGAUUGGUUGAUAUCCCCCUAAACAUCACCUGUGAAUCCUACAAUGCCAUAUUUACGGGUCUCGACCAAAGUUUGGAAUCUCUUCCGCCUCACCUCUCACAGGGUGUACAGUCAAGCUUGGAUGCACUGAUGAAGACAUUCCAACGUUGCUCAAGGCCUCCAGCUUUAAUUGUGUGCAAAGAAACAUUGGUCAAUGAGAAACAACUUUGUGCUGGAUUUAACAGCACACAACUGAAGCAACAAAUGUCGAUUGGCAAUUCCUCUGAGUUCCUUUGCAAUUUCAACAUCUCUGAAUAUGCCUGUUCCUCAACAACCCUUCUGUCAGCGGACAACUUGGUGACGAUCCUGAAAUGCCAAUUGUCGAGCAAAAAGACUUACUCAGCAGAAAUGUGGAAGCUGUUCUUCCAAAACAAUGCUGCUGUUCUGGACCAGGCUCUUCUGGAUUACUCCAGCAUGAACCCCAACAUCAGCAGUCCAGCUAUGCCACAUGUCCUUGAUGCCAUUGGAGAUGUCAAAAUCAACAACUUCAUUAAUGCACAGCUGAACGACGCCAGUUUCGUGGCCAAGUUGUUCCAGAAGAUGCUCCGUCCAUUCUUGGCAUCUACAUCUAGGAAUUUCCUCUCCUGUCUCAGCUCAAAGAACUUCAGUUGUCAGACCUACCAAAUUGUCAUUGAUGCUCUAAGCAACCAAUCAGCCUCCAUGGACAGAGAGCAACAACAAUUGAUCUUCACUCAUUACAUCUAUCCAUUCCUUUCAAGAAAUGACUCAUCAGAUCCCGGCUGUGUCUCAAACACCAGUGGAAGCAUGGACUGGCUCCAGAGGAACUUUGGCAUCUUUUCUGUUUUUGCAGAACUGCAGGAGUUACAACUCCUCAAUCCUGACUUCUCCAGCAAGGAAUCACUGUCGCUGCUUACCCCAACCCAAUUGGCACAGUUGACAUUGACCUCUGGGCCAUUGAAUGACACAGAUGACAUUAAACUUGUGUUUAAGCGGCUGGAGGAAGGAGACGCUUUCAAAAAUGUUGACGAGUUUCUGACGCAACUGACCGCAAAGGAAGAGAUUCCUGACAUCCAUCCAGCCGUGAGAGAUGUGAUGAUGAAUCAGACAUUCAACAUCAUCAGCCUUCAAUUCCCAGAGUUCGAAACGAUGGACUGGAUUGCAUGGUUUGAAGUAAAGCUGAUUCCCAUCCUCCCCAGUUUUAAUGAAGUCAUGCUCACCAUUGCUACCUCAAACGUCAACUGCACCAACUACCAAGUCAUUGUAAAUGGAAUGGACAGCGCUUUCCCUGAAAUGACUCAGGAUAGAAGAGAAGGAAUCGCAAGAGUCCUGCUGAAAUACCUGAGGAAAUCUGUACACCUCAUCAACGAACCAGCUUGCAGGCAGGACAUCCACGAUGACAAUGACUGGCUUGCAAUCAACCUGGGUUCAUACUCCAAGUACACAACCUAUUCGGAUCUCAAAGACUUCAACAUCUCAGGGGUGGCAGUUCUAGACUCCCUCUCACCAAACCAGAAAGCUGAAUUGAUACUGGACCCAAGCACUGGCGCUCUGGAGAAUGAGACUCUUGUGAAGAACAUUUUCAUCAGCUUGCUGGAAUCUCCAAGGGAAGAGCAGCUCAAUGAGUUCUUUGUGACUUUUGUUGAAGUCACCAAGCAGGAAAACAUCACUAUCAUCACAAACACGGCCGUAAGAGACACAAUGCUAAACCUGACCUUGAUGGCUCUUGCUCCCAAAUUUGACGUUUUUGAGCCAAAAGACUUCCAGCUGUGGUUCCAAGUCAAUCUGGUUGUUCUGCUGGCCAGCUUCCAUCCUGGCAGAUUGGUUGAUAUCCCCCUAAACAUCACCUGUGAAUCCUACAAUGCCAUAUUUACGGGUCUCGACCAAAGUUUGGAAUCUCUUCCGCCUCACCUCUCACAGGGUGUACAGUCAAGCUUGGAUGCACUGAUGAAGACAUUCCAACGUUGCUCAAGGCCUCCAGCUUUAAUUGUGUGCAAAGAAACAUUGGUCAAUGAGAAACAACUUUGUGCUGGAUUUAACAGCACACAACUGAAGCAACAAAUGUCGAUUGGCAAUUCCUCUGAGUUCCUUUGCAAUUUCAACAUCUCUGAAUAUGCCUGUUCCUCAACAACCCUUCUGUCAGCGGACAACUUGGUGACGAUCCUGAAAUGCCAAUUGUCGAGCAAAAAGACUUACUCAGCAGAAAUGUGGAAGCUGUUCUUCCAAAACAAUGCUGCUGUUCUGGACCAGGCUCUUCUGGAUUACUCCAGCAUGAACCCCAACAUCAGCAGUCCAGCUAUGCCACAUGUCCUUGAUGCCAUUGGAGAUGUCAAAAUCAACAACUUCAUUAAUGCACAGCUGAACGACGCCAGUUUCGUGGCCAAGUUGUUCCAGAAGAUGCUCCGUCCAUUCUUGGCAUCUACAUCUAGGAAUUUCCUCUCCUGUCUCAGCUCAAAGAACUUCAGUUGUCAGACCUACCAAAUUGUCAUUGAUGCUCUAAGCAACCAAUCAGCCUCCAUGGACAGAGAGCAACAACAAUUGAUCUUCACUCAUUACAUCUAUCCAUUCCUUUCAAGAAAUGACUCAUCAGAUCCCGGCUGUGUCUCAAACACCAGUGGAAGCAUGGACUGGCUCCAGAGGAACUUUGGCAUCUUUUCUGUUUUUGCAGAACUGCAGGACUUACAACUCCUCAAUCCUGACUUCUCCAGCAAGGAAUCACUGUCGCUGCUUACCCCAACCCAAUUGGCACAGUUGACAUUGACCUCUGGGCCAUUGAAUGACACAGAUGACAUUAAACUUGUGUUUAAGCGGCUGGAGGAAGGAGACGCUUUCAAAAAUGUUGACGAGUUUCUGACGCAACUGACCGCAAAGGAAGAGAUUCCCGACAUCCAUCCAGCCGUGAGAGAUGUGAUGAUGAAUCAGACAUUCAACAUCAUCAGCCUUCAAUUCCCAGAGUUCGAAACGAUGGACUGGAUUGCAUGGUUUGAAGUAAAGCUGAUUCCCAUCCUCCCCAGUUUUAAUGAAGUCAUGCUCACCAUUGCUACCUCAAACGUCAACUGCACCAACUACCAAGUCAUUGUAAAUGGAAUGGACAGCGCUUUCCCUGAAAUGACUCAGGAUAGAAGAGAAGGAAUCGCAAGAGUCCUGCUGAAAUACCUGAGGAAAUCUGUACACCUCAUCAACGAACCAGCUUGCAGGCAGGACAUCCACGAUGACAAUGACUGGCUUGCAAUCAACCUGGGUUCAUACUCCAAGUACACAACCUAUUCGGAUCUCAAAGACUUCAACAUCUCAGGGGUGGCAGUUCUAGACUCCCUCUCACCAAACCAGAAAGCUGAAUUGAUACUGGACCCAAGCACUGGCGCUCUGGAGAAUGAGACUCUUGUGAAGAACAUUUUCAUCAGCUUGCUGGAAUCUCCAAGGGAAGAGCAGCUCAAUGAGUUCUUUGUGACUUUUGUUGAAGUCACCAAGCAGGAAAACAUCACUAUCAUCACAAACACGGCCGUAAGAGACACAAUGCUAAACCUGACCUUGAUGGCUCUUGCUCCCAAAUUUGACGUUUUUGAGCCAAAAGACUUCCAGCUGUGGUUCCAAGUCAAUCUGGUUGUUCUGCUGGCCAGCUUCCAUCCUGGCAGAUUGGUUGAUAUCCCCCUAAACAUCACCUGUGAAUCCUACAAUGCCAUAUUUACGGGUCUCGACCAAAGUUUGGAAUCUCUUCCGCCUCACCUCUCACAGGGUGUACAGUCAAGCUUGGAUGCACUGAUGAAGACAUUCCAACGUUGCUCAAGGCCUCCAGCUUUAAUUGUGUGCAAAGAAACAUUGGUCAAUGAGAAACAACUUUGUGCUGGAUUUAACAGCACACAACUGAAGCAACAAAUGUCGAUUGGCAAUUCCUCUGAGUUCCUUUGCAAUUUCAACAUCUCUGAAUAUGCCUGUUCCUCAACAACCCUUCUGUCAGCGGACAACUUGGUGACGAUCCUGAAAUGCCAAUUGUCGAGCAAAAAGACUUACUCAGCAGAAAUGUGGAAGCUGUUCUUCCAAAACAAUGCUGCUGUUCUGGACCAGGCUCUUCUGGAUUACUCCAGCAUGAACCCCAACAUCAGCAGUCCAGCUAUGCCACAUGUCCUUGAUGCCAUUGGAGAUGUCAAAAUCAACAACUUCAUUAAUGCACAGCUGAACGACGCCAGUUUCGUGGCCAAGUUGUUCCAGAAGAUGCUCCGUCCAUUCUUGGCAUCUCCAUCUAGGAAUUUCCUCUCCUGUCUCAGCUCAAAGAACUUCAGUUGUCAGACCUACCAAAUUGUCAUUGAUGCUCUAAGCAACCAAUCAGCCUCCAUGGACAGAGAGCAACAACAAUUGAUCUUCACUCAUUACAUCUAUCCAUUCCUUUCAAGAAAUGACUCAUCAGAUCCCGGCUGUGUCUCAAACACCAGUGGAAGCAUGGACUGGCUCCAGAGGAACUUUGGCAUCUUUUCUGUUUUUGCAGAACUGCAGGAGUUACAACUCCUCAAUCCUGACUUCUCCAGCAAGGAAUCACUGUCGCUGCUUACCCCAACCCAAUUGGCACAGUUGACAUUGACCUCUGGGCCAUUGAAUGACACAGAUGACAUUAAACUUGUGUUUAAGCGGCUGGAGGAAGGAGACGCUUUCAAAAAUGUUGACGAGUUUCUGACGCAACUGACCGCAAAGGAAGAGAUUCCCGACAUCCAUCCAGCCGUGAGAGAUGUGAUGAUGAAUCAGACAUUCAACAUCAUCAGCCUUCAAUUCCCAGAGUUCGAAACGAUGGACUGGAUUGCAUGGUUUGAAGUAAAGCUGAUUCCCAUCCUCCCCAGUUUUAAUGAAGUCAUGCUCACCAUUGCUACCUCAAACGUCAACUGCACCAACUACCAAGUCAUUGUAAAUGGAAUGGACAGCGCUUUCCCUGAAAUGACUCAGGAUAGAAGAGAAGGAAUCGCAAGAGUCCUGCUGAAAUACCUGAGGAAAUCUGUACACCUCAUCAACGAACCAGCUUGCAGGCAGGACAUCCACGAUGACAAUGACUGGCUUGCAAUCAACCUGGGUUCAUACUCCAAGUACACAACCUAUUCGGAUCUCAAAGACUUCAACAUCUCAGGGGUGGCAGUUCUAGACUCCCUCUCACCAAACCAGAAAGCUGAAUUGAUACUGGACCCAAGCACUGGCGCUCUGGAGAAUGAGACUCUUGUGAAGAACAUUUUCAUCAGCUUGCUGGAAUCUCCAAGGGAAGAGCAGCUCAAUGAGUUCUUUGUGACUUUUGUUGAAGUCACCAAGCAGGAAAACAUCACUAUCAUCACAAACACGGCCGUAAGAGACACAAUGCUAAACCUGACCUUGAUGGCUCUUGCUCCCAAAUUUGACGUUUUUGAGCCAAAAGACUUCCAGCUGUGGUUCCAAGUCAAUCUGGUUGUUCUGCUGGCCAGCUUCCAUCCUGGCAGAUUGGUUGAUAUCCCCCUAAACAUCACCUGUGAAUCCUACAAUGCCAUAUUUACGGGUCUCGACCAAAGUUUGGAAUCUCUUCCGCCUCACCUCUCACAGGGUGUACAGUCAAGCUUGGAUGCACUGAUGAAGACAUUCCAACGUUGCUCAAGGCCUCCAGCUUUAAUUGUGUGCAAAGAAACAUUGGUCAAUGAGAAACAACUUUGUGCUGGAUUUAACAGCACACAACUGAAGCAACAAAUGUCGAUUGGCAAUUCCUCUGAGUUCCUUUGCAAUUUCAACAUCUCUGAAUAUGCCUGUUCCUCAACAACCCUUCUGUCAGCGGACAACUUGGUGACGAUCCUGAAAUGCCAAUUGUCGAGCAAAAAGACUUACUCAACAGAAAUGUGGAAGCUGUUCUUCCAAAACAAUGCUGCUGUUCUGGACCAGGCUCUUCUGGAUUACUCCAGCAUGAACCCCAACAUCAGCAGUCCAGCUAUGCCACAUGUCCUUGAUGCCAUUGGAGAUGUCAAAAUCAACAACUUCAUUAAUGCACAGCUGAACGACGCCAGUUUCGUGGCCAAGUUGUUCCAGAAGAUGCUCCGUCCAUUCUUGGCAUCUCCAUCUAGGAAUUUCCUCUCCUGUCUCAGCUCAAAGAACUUCAGUUGUCAGACCUACCAAAUUGUCAUUGAUGCUCUAAGCAACCAAUCAGCCUCCAUGGACAGAGAGCAACAACAAUUGAUCUUCACUCAUUACAUCUAUCCAUUCCUUUCAAGAAAUGACUCAUCAGAUCCCGGCUGUGUCUCAAACACCAGUGGAAGCAUGGACUGGCUCCAGAGGAACUUUGGCAUCUUUUCUGUUUUUGCAGAACUGCAGGAGUUACAACUCCUCAAUCCUGACUUCUCCAGCAAGGAAUCACUGUCGCUGCUUACCCCAACCCAAUUGGCACAGUUGACAUUGACCUCUGGGCCAUUGAAUGACACAGAUGACAUUAAACUUGUGUUUAAGCGGCUGGAGGAAGGAGACGCUUUCAAAAAUGUUGACGAGUUUCUGACGCAACUGACCGCAAAGGAAGAGAUUCCCGACAUCCAUCCAGCCGUGAGAGAUGUGAUGAUGAAUCAGACAUUCAACAUCAUCAGCCUUCAAUUCCCAGAGUUCGAAACGAUGGACUGGAUUGCAUGGUUUGAAGUAAAGCUGAUUCCCAUCCUCCCCAGUUUUAAUGAAGUCAUGCUCACCAUUGCUACCUCAAACGUCAACUGCACCAACUACCAAGUCAUUGUAAAUGGAAUGGACAGCGCUUUCCCUGAAAUGACUCAGGAUAGAAGAGAAGGAAUCGCAAGAGUCCUGCUGAAAUACCUGAGGAAAUCUGUACACCUCAUCAACGAACCAGCUUGCAGGCAGGACAUCCACGAUGACAAUGACUGGCUUGCAAUCAACCUGGGUUCAUACUCCAAGUACACAACCUAUUCGGAUCUCAAAGACUUCAACAUCUCAGGGGUGGCAGUUCUAGACUCCCUCUCACCAAACCAGAAAGCUGAAUUGAUACUGGACCCAAGCACUGGCGCUCUGGAGAAUGAGACUCUUGUGAAGAACAUUUUCAUCAGCUUGCUGGAAUCUCCAAGGGAAGAGCAGCUCAAUGAGUUCUUUGUGACUUUUGUUGAAGUCACCAAGCAGGAAAACAUCACUAUCAUCACAAACACGGCCGUAAGAGACACAAUGCUAAACCUGACCUUGAUGGCUCUUGCUCCCAAAUUUGACGUUUUUGAGCCAAAAGACUUCCAGCUGUGGUUCCAAGUCAAUCUGGUUGUUCUGCUGGCCAGCUUCCAUCCUGGCAGAUUGGUUGAUAUCCCCCUAAACAUCACCUGUGAAUCCUACAAUGCCAUAUUUACGGGUCUCGACCAAAGUUUGGAAUCUCUUCCGCCUCACCUCUCACAGGGUGUACAGUCAAGCUUGGAUGCACUGAUGAAGACAUUCCAACGUUGCUCAAGGCCUCCAGCUUUAAUUGUGUGCAAAGAAACAUUGGUCAAUGAGAAACAACUUUGUGCUGGAUUUAACAGCACACAACUGAAGCAACAAAUGUCGAUUGGCAAUUCCUCUGAGUUCCUUUGCAAUUUCAACAUCUCUGAAUAUGCCUGUUCCUCAACAACCCUUCUGUCAGCGGACAACUUGGUGACGAUCCUGAAAUGCCAAUUGUCGAGCAAAAAGACUUACUCAGCAGAAAUGUGGAAGCUGUUCUUCCAAAACAAUGCUGCUGUUCUGGACCAGGCUCUUCUGGAUUACUCCAGCAUGAACCCCAACAUCAGCAGUCCAGCUAUGCCACAUGUCCUUGAUGCCAUUGGAGAUGUCAAAAUCAACAACUUCAUUAAUGCACAGCUGAACGACGCCAGUUUCGUGGCCAAGUUGUUCCAGAAGAUGCUCCGUCCAUUCUUGGCAUCUCCAUCUAGGAAUUUCCUCUCCUGUCUCAGCUCAAAGAACUUCAGUUGUCAGACCUACCAAAUUGUCAUUGAUGCUCUAAGCAACCAAUCAGCCUCCAUGGACAGAGAGCAACAACAAUUGAUCUUCACUCAUUACAUCUAUCCAUUCCUUUCAAGAAAUGACUCAUCAGAUCCCGGCUGUGUCUCAAACACCAGUGGAAGCAUGGACUGGCUCCAGAGGAACUUUGGCAUCUUUUCUGUUUUUGCAGAACUGCAGGAGUUACAACUCCUCAAUCCUGACUUCUCCAGCAAGGAAUCACUGUCGCUGCUUACCCCAACCCAAUUGGCACAGUUGACAUUGACCUCUGGGCCAUUGAAUGACACAGAUGACAUUAAACUUGUGUUUAAGCGGCUGGAGGAAGGAGACGCUUUCAAAAAUGUUGACGAGUUUCUGACGCAACUGACCGCAAAGGAAGAGAUUCCCGACAUCCAUCCAGCCGUGAGAGAUGUGAUGAUGAAUCAGACAUUCAACAUCAUCAGCCUUCAAUUCCCAGAGUUCGAAACGAUGGACUGGAUUGCAUGGUUUGAAGUAAAGCUGAUUCCCAUCCUCCCCAGUUUUAAUGAAGUCAUGCUCACCAUUGCUACCUCAAACGUCAACUGCACCAACUACCAAGUCAUUGUAAAUGGAAUGGACAGCGCUUUCCCUGAAAUGACUCAGGAUAGAAGAGAAGGAAUCGCAAGAGUCCUGCUGAAAUACCUGAGGAAAUCUGUACACCUCAUCAACGAACCAGCUUGCAGGCAGGACAUCCACGAUGACAAUGACUGGCUUGCAAUCAACCUGGGUUCAUACUCCAAGUACACAACCUAUUCGGAUCUCAAAGACUUCAACAUCUCAGGGGUGGCAGUUCUAGACUCCCUCUCACCAAACCAGAAAGCUGAAUUGAUACUGGACCCAAGCACUGGCGCUCUGGAGAAUGAGACUCUUGUGAAGAACAUUUUCAUCAGCUUGCUGGAAUCUCCAAGGGAAGAGCAGCUCAAUGAGUUCUUUGUGACUUUUGUUGAAGUCACCAAGCAGGAAAACAUCACUAUCAUCACAAACACGGCCGUAAGAGACACAAUGCUAAACCUGACCUUGAUGGCUCUUGCUCCCAAAUUUGACGUUUUUGAGCCAAAAGACUUCCAGCUGUGGUUCCAAGUCAAUCUGGUUGUUCUGCUGGCCAGCUUCCAUCCUGGCAGAUUGGUUGAUAUCCCCCUAAACAUCACCUGUGAAUCCUACAAUGCCAUAUUUACGGGUCUCGACCAAAGUUUGGAAUCUCUUCCGCCUCACCUCUCACAGGGUGUACAGUCAAGCUUGGAUGCACUGAUGAAGACAUUCCAACGUUGCUCAAGGCCUCCAGCUUUAAUUGUGUGCAAAGAAACAUUGGUCAAUGAGAAACAACUUUGUGCUGGAUUUAACAGCACACAACUGAAGCAACAAAUGUCGAUUGGCAAUUCCUCUGAGUUCCUUUGCAAUUUCAACAUCUCUGAAUAUGCCUGUUCCUCAACAACCCUUCUGUCAGCGGACAACUUGGUGACGAUCCUGAAAUGCCAAUUGUCGAGCAAAAGACUUACUCAGCAGAAAUGUGGAAGCUGUUCUUCCAAAACAAUGCUGCUGUUCUGGACCAGGCUCUUCUGGAUUACUCCAGCAUGAACCCCAACAUCAGCAGUCCAGCUAUGCCACAUGUCCUUGAUGCCAUUGGAGAUGUCAAAAUCAACAACUUCAUUAAUGCACAGCUGAACGACGCCAGUUUCGUGGCCAAGUUGUUCCAGAAGAUGCUCCGUCCAUUCUUGGCAUCUCCAUCUAGGAAUUUCCUCUCCUGUCUCAGCUC